GUGACCUCCCAGCGCCCCCGUCAGCUGACCUCCUGGCUGCUUCUGCUCUCGCGGCUCAUCAGCUCAUAAACAUUCACAGCCUCAGAAUGAGGAAGAUUUCCUCUGGAAGCGUUCCUCAGUCUGAGCUCUGCAUCAGCAUCACAGGCUGCAGCCGGGCCCGCUGGGGCCGGCAUGGCUCUGUAACCGGAGCGGGACGGGCUGGGCGGCGCCGGCCUCGCCCUGCCUUGAAAGGCAAACAGCCGUGCUUAGUCACGCAGAGAGCGUCUGGAUCCCGGCGGCUGAUCACCGGCGACUCUGCUCAGGGACCUGUUAAGCUCCGCCUCCCUCAGCAGACUCAGGAACUGCCUCUCCGCAGCUCCGACCCGCUCAGAAGCAAGAAACAGGAGAGCAGCAUCGCCGUCGUUCUUCCUCAGACCGUCCAGAACCAGAACGGCCGCGGUCCUGCAGAGGAAAACACUGAAGUCAUUAAGGUCUACCUGGAGUCCAGACUCAGGAGUCCUGGGAGUGUCAGGAUGCUGACCGAUGAGGUGUCGCAGAUUCAGGAGGUCAGGUACUGUCUGAAGACUCUGAGGGAGCAGAUGGCCGCCAGACAAAACAACAACAACAACAACAACAAGUUUCCUGCUAACGUUCUCAGACUGACCCCCGGUGACCCCCCAGCCGCCCCCGACUCCCUGGACUCAAAUGUGUCUGUCGGGGACGACCAGCAGGAGAGCUCGAGGCUCAGGGAGGUGACCAGGCGUCUGUAUGCGCGGCUGAAGGAGGCGGAGUCACGCCAUCAGGAGGAGAAGGACCGACUGCAGGCGGAGUCCAGCGAGCUCCGUGACCUCCUGGCGGAGCGGUCGGAGCGUCUGCAGAAAGCCGAGCAGACGUCGAGGGAGAAGCAGCAGCGGGUGGAGGAGCUGCAGACACUGCUGCACAGCACGCAGCAGGAGAGCAGCCACCUGAAAGACAAGGUGGCUGAGAAAGAGGCGGAGCUCCUGAAGCUGAAAACGAGUGAAGAGGAGCAGAGGUGUGCAGAGCUGGAGAAGGAGCUGUCCGUCCUGAAGGAGAAGAAUCACCACCUGGACGACAUGCUGAAGAGUCAUCAGAGGAAGGUCCGCAGCAUGAUCGAGCAGGUGCAGAACUCAAAGAUGCUGCUCCAGGACAGAGAUCAGGUCAUCAGGGAUCUGGAGGAGAGGGUGGCGUUCCUGGACGCCGAGAACAGGGAACUCCACGACCACAUGGACUUCUUCCUGAACGGACACGAGGCUCCUCCUUCCUCUGACGGCAAGCCAGAUGUUGUCUACAGCAAACCGCUGACGCCGACCGCACACGGCAGCAAGCCGCUGCCGUACAUCAAAGUCAUCGAGAUCCAGCCCUGACCGCCGCGGCAGAAAUAACCUGUAAAUAUGUAUUUAUCCACCUGGAAGACGAGUCCCUCCGGAUGUGGGAGGGAUUGCUUUUGGAGCGCAGCAGGAAGUCCUGAAGAGGAAGCAGGGAUGGAUGUGGAAAACAUUUGAUGUUCUUAGAAACGUCGGAGCUGUCAGACUCCCAAACCUUCAGACUCCAUUUAAAUCUGUUCUGCAGAACCCAGAAGGAUCUCUUUUCUUUCAGGAUGAGAAAACGUUGGACAGCAGCAGCUCAUGGCGGCAUUCCGUGGAUUUUUCUCCAUGGAUCCGUCUCACUGUGGAGUUAUUGACCCCAAAAGGUUCAGAAACAAUCUGUAAGAGUGAUGAGCUGCAAGUAUUUCCUCAGAAUGAUUCUUUAUGUGAACGUCUGACGGCUUUAACCUUUAACUACCCAAAAAAGAAAAAAAAAACACCAAAAAAGGUUUUUUUCUGCUGAUUAUGUCUUGGUACGGAGCCCCUAAAGGGACAAAGUAAAACAUGAAGUAAAAAAAUGUGUUUUUCCAAAAAUACUUAGAGGCUCUGUAAAAAAACUCAAGUAAUGAAAACAAGUUGUGGUUAGUAACCAGAACUAAAUCAAAAAAGGUAACUGGUGCACAAUAGAUGUUUUUUUUUCUCUAAAAAUUGAAUACAUUUUUUUUCUGGUUGCUAAUUGAUGUGCACCAGUUACUGAUAUACAUCCGUUACUCACCUAAAUUAUUUUUUAUUAUUAUUUCAGUUUUUGUAAAACUUCUUUUUCCUUCUAUUUCCCUUCAGAGGCUCCGUACCUCGAGGAGUUAUGCACACAAUCAAUAUUUUUAAAAACAGGUUUUCUAAAUGUUUCCCACCGUUUGGUUGAGCAGGCAGUUAAAGGGUUAAAGUUAAAUUGUUUUUAAUGAGCUGCCGUUUUCUCAUUCUCUUAGGGAUUAAUCAUCGAUGAAGGUCUUAACAUAUUUAUCAAAACUGCUCUAAUCUAAAUAUAUUUAAGCCUUUGAAUGGCGGCGUGUUGUAAAUAAUUGGCUUGUUUCAGCUUCCCAGAGGAUUUCCUGCUCACAAACAUCCGGUGAUAAUAUUUGACAUCAGAAACGAGUAAAACAGUUUUUACUGUGAAAUCCUUCAUUCAAAUUGUUUAUUCUCUUCACUAAACUGCCAAAUUCGGACUCUUCUUCCUGUUUGUUCGGGUCUGUUGUUAAAAUAUUACAAAUGUUUAUAUUUUAUUUCACUGUGAAGCUUUUAGAACUUUGUUGCAAGAAUUCUUUAAUAUAUUUGGACAAAAAUCCGAUUAAAACCAAUAAUAUAU